CGCUGAAGCGCCGACUCCUGGUUCUUGCAGCGCUGUGGUCGGUGGUCGGCGGUUGUCUCUCAACUCCGGGCGAGCCUCUUGGCUGUCGUGGUCGCCAACCGUUGUCGCCUCCUGCUCUGUGGGAUCAUGCCGCGCCCCGGUCUCUCCCCAGUUCAGGGCUUGGGAUUCGUUCUGUUCUGCCUGGUUCUCGGAGCCAGCCAGUCAUAUGCAUUCGAACUUCAUUUGAACGAUUCAAAAAAUGCCACUUGCCUUUAUGCAAAUUGGCAGAUGAAUUUCAACAUAAGCUAUGAAACUAUCAACAAAACUAAAAAAUCCGUUGUUCCAGAAUAUAGCAAUGUGACAUAUAAGGGAAGCUCUUGUGGGGAUGAGGAGAAUGGUCCCAAAAUAGCAAUGCAGUUUGGGUCUGCUUUUUCCUGGACUGUGAAUUUCACCAAGAAAGCAUCUAACUAUUUGAUUGACAGCAUUUCAUUUUCCUACAACAUUAGUGAUGACAGAGUAUUUCCUGGCGCUAAAGACAAAGGAAUUAUUAAUGUUAAUGACUCUGUGAAAAUUAAAAUUCCUUUGAAUGAAAUCUUUAAAUGCAAUAGUUUAUUAACAUUGGAGAGGCAUGAUGUUGUGCAGAACUAUUGGGAAGUUGUUGUGCAAGCUUUUGUUGAAAAUGGCACAGUGAGCAAAAAAGAGUUUCUGUGUGAUAAAGACAAACCUUCUACUACAGUGACACCUGUCACCCAGACCACUGUGCCGUCUUCUACUACAACUCCCACUCCAAAGGAAAAACCAGGGGUUGGAACCUAUUCGGUUCAUAAUAGCAACGGUACUUGUCUUCUGGCUACCAUGGGGCUGCAGCUGAACAUCACUCAGGACAAGGUUUCUUCGGUUAUUAAUGUCAAUCCCAACUCAACUGGCUCCAGUGGCAGCUGCUCUCCUCAAACUGCUCAACUUAGGCUGAAUGACAGCAUCAUUAAGUAUCUUGACUUUGUCUUUGCUGUGAAAAAUGAAAAUCGCUUCUAUCUGAAGGAAGUGAAUGUCAGCUUGUUGGUUAAUGAAACUGUUCUCAGCAUUUCAAACACCAAUCUUAGCUACUGGGAUGCCCCGCUGGGAAGUUCUUACAUGUGCAACAAAGAGCAGACUAUCUCAGUGUCUGAAGCAUUUCAGAUAAAUACCUUUGAUCUAAGGGUUCAACCUUUCAGUGUGAUAGAAGGAAAGUAUUCUACAGCUGAAGAAUGUUCUGCUGACUCUGACCUCAACUUUCUUAUCCCUGUUGCAGUGGGUGUGGCCUUGGGCUUCCUUGUAAUUGUUGUCUUUAUUUCUUAUAUGAUUGGAAGAAGGAAAAGUCGCACUGGUUAUCAGUCUGUGUAAUCUAUUGAAUCUUUGGCAUCAGAAGCUAUAUUUCCAUUGGCUAAAAGCCAGGAAAUGCUGUGCAAUAGACUGUUUAAGAUAUGCAGACUAACCUCACUUGGUGAGUUGCUAGUAACUUGGGCAUGAGUAGCACUUAUUUAAGAAAAAAAAUAUAUUAUGACCACUUUUUCUCUAUUUUGUUUCUCUUCCUUUGUUGAAAUGUAAUUGAAAGAAAAACUAUGGCUUAAAGUAUGGUUUUUAAAAUAAAUAAUGAUUUUCAGCCUCUGGAUCCUAGUAUAAAAGACUUUCUAUUGAAGUAUAAUUUUAUAUGUUGCAGUUACUUGCAUUUUGCUACUUUGAUGUUAUUUGCAAAAUCAAAGCUGUUAGUGAAUUUAACUUGCUUUAGGAAAUAAACUGAAGGACAUAAGGAAUUCAUUUUCAUUGGUGGUAAACAUAAGAUUUGGUUCAUUGUAAGAUUUCCCACUUCCUAAUCAGGAAGAUUUCAAUAUUUGUAUUUAUGUUCGUUAAAAAGCAAGUGCUUCUCAAUAUUGAACUUAAUAUAAAGUCUGACUGUUUUCUCCAUUAUUGUUGGUGACCACUGUGUUUUAACAAGGAUGCCUUUUUCUUUGAUCUCCUGAAUUUGGAAUGUAUUGAUUUCCUCAAAUUUCACACUUAUGCUGAAGGAUAAAGUAAGACCUUCAGCUUUUUAAAAACAUGCUGAUGUAGAAUGGGCUGAUUUUUAAAAAAUAUUGUGAUUUAUAAUUUUCCCCCUCAGCGCCUUAACUUUAUACAGAAAGUUAAUUUAUCCUUUUUCUCCCUAUAGUGUUUUUGUUUGUUUAUUUCUGUUCUUUCUGCCCUCUUACUUCCUAUUUGAAUAAGUUCUAAUUGAUUUAAAAAAAAACAUACUGAUUUCCUUUGUUCUCAACAGCAAGUGCUAGCUCUAGAAGCAAGCACUGUGUCAUCAUUCAGAUGGCUGACUAGCAAAAACUGGACAGAGAUUAAUCUGUGAAUUUGUUGAUCUUGAUACAGAUACAGAUUUAUAAACCUGUAGAGACCUCUAAUGGCUCUGGUUUCUAGAGUAAAGUACCAGAGACUAUUCAUUCAUUCCUGUGUCUAUUUGAAAUAUUUUUUUAAAAUUUGGAAGUAUAGUGUUUUGGUUGUUUAGCAUCCAAAUGGCUUUUUGGCAUGCCUGUCGUUAGCAUAGGCAGAAGUUAAUUUUACUAUGCUGUUCUAUCUACGCGGUUUAUUAAAAACUAAAGCUCCCAAAUGUCUGCCUUCAUUUCAGAAAUUUUCCUUGGUUUUAAAGUUAAGUCUUAGACCUUAAAAAAGCUUGUUAUUACAUCUAAGGAGAAGUCCUAAUCUACCUCUCAGUGCAGUGCAGAUGCUCAGUUCUGCUGUGUUGAAACCAUUACCUGAUCAGUAUCUUUCUUGACUAUCUUAUCUAUAUGCCCAACUCAAAAGCAUAUAUUCCAAAAUGUCUCUAAGUAUGUAAAAAUGUUUUCUUCUAAAAUAUUCUCUGAAAACCUGUUGUUUGCCAAAAGGAAUUUAGUUAAAAUGAUGGUACCAUAAAGAGCAAUGGUUUUAUUUCAAUACCUAUUUUUGAGAUGACUAUCUAGAACCCAGAUUAGUUCAAUUGGCUGGUAACAAGUAUCUUAAUUGGAACUUUAGAUAUUUCAAAAUUGUAGAUUCCUUCAAAGUUUUUUAUGUUUUGGGACAGAUACUUAUACCACUAAUUUUCAUUAGGUAUUAUAGCUUUAUCUUAGAUCCUUAGAAAAUGUGCUUAAUUUAUCAGAAAUUAGAAUAUAAAAUAUUAACAGAGGGCCAAAAGAAAAGCUUUGACUUCAGAAAAAUGCAAGAAAUUUGAAGUCUAUGAACUGAAUGUUCACUGAAUUCAUUUUAUGUCAGUACAACAGUGGAUCUGGAAGUGGCACUUUGAUCUCAUGAGUAAAAUUGUUUUUCACCUAGGCUUCUUUGAAAGAACUGAUACUUGCUGCUAUCUAAAGUUCUGAAUAUAUUAACUUAGAGAACUAAAUCAUAUCUAUAAAAUUAUAUUGUGGUACUCCUGUUUGAUAUGAUAUAUGUGAUUUUAGAUUGAUGGAUUAAAAAAUAAUAAAGAUCAUACAUUCCAUACUACUAUGGAAAACUUCAUAUUUAUUCUCUGUGCUCAACCUUAAGAGCUUAGGUUGAUUUGUGCAGUCUAAGUUUCUUAAAUUUUAGUCUCUUGAAAUCAUAAUUUCAUAGGUAUGUACCUUAGGAAAGUGUUAGAACCUAAAGUACAGACACUUCAAAUACAGGGGCCUGAAUGAUCACAAAAGCUCCCUCCCUCCCCCCCCAAAAAAUUGAUAAUAAAAUAUGGAACUGAGAAAUCUAAAAGCUUCUUAAUAAAUGUAUUCACACCUUAUGUCUGUACAUUGCACAACUAUAUGCAUUGUUCAUGUUAUUCUGGGUAAGAUAGACCGUGAAGAUAUGGCAGGAGCAGGAGAGACACUGUUCAUGUUCUAAUUGUUUUAGAUUCCUUAAAACCUAACCUAAAGCUCAAUUGUCAUAUGAUUGAUUUCAAUGACAACCCAUGCAUUGGACAUACUUUUUUUUUUUUUUAACAAAAGGGAUGCUUUUUGGUGGGAGAAGGAAUUGAACAUUGGCUGCCUUCAUAGUUUCUGAAUAAUAGUAUUUCAUAAUCUGUUUGGACAUUUAAUAACGUUUAGGUGAAAUGUCAUUAUGCAGAUGUAGCACUAUAGAGGACCUCUUUUUCUUGUUGCAUCUCUCAUGGAAUAUAUGUCACAACUCUGCACAUCAUAGGUGCAAAAAGGAGCAUUCCAUGUUCAUCGUGUGCAUUCUGAAUGCUUGUACUGCCUCUAGAAUUCUGAUGUAAUGGUUUUUUAUUUUCCUUGCUUUUACUGUGUAUGUAUUUUGAUGGUAUUGCAAAUUCAAAUUCCAUUGUUGCAAAAGGCACACAAACAGGAAAAAUCUUGGUAUGUGAUGCAAUUCAGUAGGAAAAAGUAGCCGCAAGUGUUAUUGAGCAGCCCCACUGCUGUGUACUAUACACAUAGUAUUCAUUUCAUUUAAAUACAGCAGCCCUUUGGAGUUGGGUGAUAAUCUCCAAUUUAUAGAUGAAGUAACUGAAGCCUGAGUUGUUUACUUAACUGAAAAGAAGAACCUGCUAGUACCUGACUGUUGUGUGUCACAUGAACCUUGCGGGGAAACGUGCACUAUUAUUUCAGUUACUGAAACUCUACGAGUGUACCUGGAGCCCUAAGUGGUCCUUUCCCACUUUUGACAGUAUUUCUUUCUCGCUCUGCAACUUUCCAUGUGCUGGGUAAAGUCUAGCAUAAGAUUGGAGCCACAACAGUGGAGGGGUCUAUGAGAGAAUAUGUACUUUGUGUAUAU